AUGGGCCCGCCGCCAUCGGCCCCUGUGAAACCGACGGAGUCAUACUCCCUUGCCCUCGCCGACCACCAAAUAUCCGUAUUGAAGGCCAAAAUUCUCCCCUUGGUGCCUCACCUUCUCCUCGUGGAUGACCCAACUCCCCAUUUCUUCAUAGACUCGUAUCAGUAUCGAGGAACCCCCUUCCAGCCGUACGAAGUACGACACCUGCAAUACCUCACCAUGGUAUCCAACGGACAUCGUGGCUUGGCACAUUCUCUCGGCGACUGGCACCAUGAAAUCGAAGCCUGUUCACCAGCUGCAAUUGCUGCCCAUGUCCGUCCGCUCGCCAGUCAGCCUAGGGAAUCUAAACUCCCCUCCAAAAAGAUUUCUAUUGCCGACUACAAGAAGCUGAAAAAAGAUGGACCCCCGAGGCCGACCAGUCAGCCGAGCGCCCUAACCACUGCGUCGCUGGCACCAACGAGUCGUGGUCUCGCCUCCGACCGUGCGGACGAACCUAAAUGUAGCUCGAGCGAAGCUGACCUUUUGCGCCGUCAACUGGCGAGCUUCAAAGCCGAGGCCAGGGAGAUAGCCGAGAAAAUGUCGUACGCCCCGCCGUCAAAGAGCAAUCGAAGCUUCAAUGGAAAUGUCUCCGGCAUCGCCACUUCCAAGACAGACAUGUCCUCCCAAAAAUCAACCCUGAAGCCGCCCAUCAGAACCGCUGUCAAGCAUCCACUGCCCCCUCGUCCCUUAUCUCCACGCUCUAGUGGCGACCUCAAAUCCCAUCCGACCCGGCUCGGGCCCAUAAAGCGACCCCUUGACUACAGCUCAAGCUCUCUACACGCUGCCAAACGGUCCAGAAUUGAAGUGGCCGCUUCUCCUAUACUCAAAGAUCAGAGGAUACCCAAGUAUGAGCGAGCUCCCGAGAAGAUAGUCUCUUCCGCACCAUCGGCAAAGUUCUCUCCCAAACCUUCGUCUGCGUCGCCGCGUCCUCAAAAGGCUGCUCUUCCCCCUCCUUCCGCUUCCCGGUCCGUCAAUACCAGUCAUGCGCCCAGAAAAUUGACACCCAUCCCACCUCUUCUAUCGCCUUUACCUGAUGACCUCUACGAGCCGUCUGACCUGGACUUGCCGUCGUCCAGUCUCAUGGAGCCAAAAAAGAAGCAGCCAACCGGCAACUCUAGUUCCGCUCCGCAUCAUGCCCAGGCUAGUAAAGCCCCGAAAAAGACUCUGCCUAUACCAGCCGAAUUGUUAGAUGAUGGUGCACGUUCCAGAUCCUCUUCUCCCGUCUUUGUCCAUCCCCCUUUGCUGUCGCCUAAUCUACCGCCAAUCGUGGAGCGAGAGCUUGCGCGUCUACAAAAAAAGGCUACGUCUAAUUUGAAAGGUGGACCUGGAGUGGAAACGUUGAGUCGGCUGGAUACGCCAAUCGUGGCGCGAAAGUCUCCCAAGGUCGGACAUCCACCCAAGAAGACAACCAUCUCCAAAAGUCGUCCUGCAGUCCCGGAGAAUGAGCUUCCUCCCAAGCCCACGCCUCCGAAAGAAACGAAAAAAAAGUUCCUCGUGCGCAUCAAAUACAAGAAGCGUCGGGCAAAAGAUAUUGAGCGUAUCCUACGUAUGACGCCCAAGGUACCGUCGGCAAGAUUUCAGGAGCUCGAAGCCGAACGCGUCGAAGCGCUCAAGUCUAAAAGCAGAGUUGUGGAUCAGGGUGUGUCCCGUUUAAAAGCCAAAAAGAAUGUUCCUUCCUCAUCCGCCCUGCCGGGUACGCUCAAAAAGCGACCCGCUGACGUACCUCCAUGUGCUUCGCCCCCAGCUAAGCGCGCUAGAACGCACCUGGCCGAAGCGGCCAAGUCCCAGGCUAUACUCGAUCCCCCAUUUAAAUCUCCUGCACCCCCAAAAAUCUCUCAUCAUCUCACUCCCCAAAAAUCACAUUCCAAAAGAGCCAGCAAAAUGGGCAAGGCCUCAUCCACCGACAGUACUCAUGCUCAUACUCCCGGUGUCACGACCCCCGCCUCCCGCGAUAAACGCACUAUCAAUACUAGCACCAGCCACGAAAAACACCAAGACCGGCCCGAUGCUACAAGGUAUAUUGCCGAAGCCCUUUCACUGAAACGUAAGAUGGACACGGAAUUAAAGACGAAGGAUGUUGAAGCUCGCAAACACGUCUUGAAUGACGAGAAGCAACGAGGACUCUGUACCGGCAUUGAGUGUCUCUUGGCCUACUAUUCAGCCUUCUCGGUCAAGAAGGAGAACCGUCCGAGCGAUCGAGUUAACAGCUGGGAGAGUACACUUGGCCUGCUUGAGUUUGUGGUGAGGAAUUCUGAGCCUUACUAUGUUCUCCACACUCUUGCAGCCCAGUUACACGCAUUGGCCACGGAACAAUUAAAUCGAAGCUAUAUCGAUCAUGUCAGCGUCCUAAAAGAAGCGCCCCGAGAGCUAUUGGAAAAAAUGGUGAAAAAUGCACAGAGUAGAGAUCGCUACUGGACACUUGCCCACAAAGGUCAUGAAGUCUUGGAGGAGAUGGGAUAUGCGAACUCAGUCGGUCCCUGGACUAGCUGGCGAGAUGCCCGCCACUACUUUCUCAGCGCCCUCGAAGCUUAUGAUGAGAAGGAGGAAUUGGGCUGGAAACCAUCAUUUUCCAGAUUCUAA